AUGCGCCUGUUGAAGGCCGACACUCCGGGCGAAGCAAGCCUCACCAGGAAGCUGAGCAAAGACAUCCCCAGCUAUGCGAUCCUGUCACACACAUGGUCAACAAAUGAAGAGGACGAAGUGACUUUGUCUGACCUGAAAGAUAAAUCCGGGAAGAGCAAGCGUGGGUAUGCUAAGAUUGAAUUCUGCCGGAAACAGGCCCAGAAGGAUGGUAUACAGCAUUUCUGGGUGGACACAUGCUGUAUCGAUAAAAAAGAUGCCGUUGAGCUCGGCGAAGCCAUUGCUUCGAUGUUUCGCUGGUACCAUGAUGCCGAAAAGUGUUAUGUGUAUCUAUCAGACGUAUCGGUGGCCAUGGGUGACCCACAUCACUCGACCGACGCGACAUGGCUGUCGGACUUCCGGAACAGCCGAUGGUUCACCCGCGGUUGGACGCUCCAAGAACUGCUGGCUCCGAAAUCGGUCGACUUCUUUUCACGAGAAGGGACAUGGCUGGGCGACCGGCGCACUCUAGAGCGACUAAUUCACGAGGCCACGGACAUUCCCAUUACGGCUCUCCGCGGUUUUGCUGUGAACAACUUCAGCGUUCCUGAGCGGAUGCGAUGGGCUGCGAAGCGAACCACCACUAAACCCGAGGAUAAGGCAUACUGUCUACUAGGCAUCUUUGAUGUGUUUAUGCCUCUCAUUUAUGGUGAAGGCGAGCAUGCACUCAUUCGACUCCAGGAUGAAAUCGAUAAACGAGUAGGGAAACAGCCUGUCGUCAGCCAGUUAUCAGACGGCGAAGGGACGAACUCGGUCUGGUAUGUACCCUUUGAUCGACUGUCGGAAUUUGUGGGUCGCAUAGAUGAGAUGGAACGUGUGAAACAGAGGAUCCUUGACCGCACUAAUCAGGGAGUUGUCUCUAUACUGGGUUUAGGAGGGGUUGGGAAAAGUCGUCUGGCAAUGGAGCUUAUCCGCCAGGUCAGGUCGGAGCACGUACAACGUUCGGUCUUCUGGAUCGAAGCCACCGAUCAGUUAACCUUUGAGCGGGAUAUGCUCGGCAUCGGCAAGAGGCUUAGAAUUCCGGGCAUUGAAGCCGACAAGGCCGACGUCAAAAUUCUAGUCAAGCAAUGGCUCAAUGUAGCCCAAGACGGCUGGUUCGUGGUCCUCGACAACGCUGAUGACGAGGUGCUGUGGGGGAAAGGAUCGGAUCCCGCUGAUGAGAAGUCUACGCUCGUGGAUUAUCUCCCUCGCUCGAGACAUGGCUCUAUUCUUGUCACAACCCGGUCACGCCGUGUGGCCAGCUAUCUCGCCGGAAAAGAGGUGGUCGAAUUACCAAUAUUGCUCCUUGACGAAGCGAGGACAAUGUUCACAAAUGCAUUGGAGGAACCAGAGAUGGCUGCGGACGAGAACCUCACGUCGGCCUUGCUUGAAAGGCUGACUUAUCUCCCCCUGGCCAUUAUUCAGGCCGCGUCUUACAUCAAUAUGACCCAAGAGCCUGUGAAGACCUACCUAGAUCUGCUCGACGAGCGCGAGGAAGAAGUCGUCGAGCUUCUGAGUGAGGAUUUUGGCGACCGAUCACGAUACUCCAACGCUCGUAAUGCGGUCGCUACAACGUGGCUUGUGUCGUUCAACCAAAUUCGCAAGCACCACCCCUUCUCCGCAGAGCUUCUAAGCUCGAUGGUUUGCCUUCAUGAAAAGAACAUUCCACGGUCCCUCUUACCAGUAAUUAGCUCGAAGAAAGAUGCUGUUGAAGCCUUUGCUACACUAAAGGGAUAUUCUUUCGUGACCAGACAGGCGAGAGAGAAAGACGAAGGAAUUCAUGAGGAGUCGUACAAUAUGCAUCGGCUGGUAUACUUGGCCGCUCGAAACUGGCUAAGAAAAGAAGGCACGCUACAUAAUUGGAUGAAAGCCUCCCUCGAGCGAGUCGCCGAGCUUUUCCCGGCAUGUGACCAUGAGCACAGAGGUAUUUGGACUCUCUACUUACCCCAUGCCCAGCGUCUUUGUGAAGAUGUCGAGGUCGUUGAUCUUCCUGAGCGGUACAAACUACUUACAAAGAUGGGUCUAUGUUUCGUGGUUGAUGGGAAAUACGACGCCGCUGUGAAAGCACAUACUGCCGUGCUACAGUGGAGAGAGAAAGAGUUGGGAAUUCCGGAAAACCAGGUCCUAGAAGCGUGCAAUAACCUCGGAGAGGCAUUACAAUGGAGUGGCUUUUAG